CCCCACCCCCUUUGUCAGCUCUCUAUAUGAUAGCUACAUACUAGAUGAACGAAAGUAACAAGAGGAAGUAGAUAUUUUGUCACUGUAUACACCCUGUGAAUAAGUUUCUCUAAUCUAUGGAAUUAUCUGAUAAAUGUUUUAUGCUGAACAGAGAGUGUAAAAGGUCUUUUCAGUGUCCAGCAUUAAAUUGGGUGUGAAAAUGAUGGAAUGAAGGACGCAGAUCAGUUUCCUGUUUAUAAUUUAUAAUUUUAUACUCACGUGUUGCUUUAGCUCACUUUAACUCUCUUUAAUAAAUGUAGAACAGACAAGUGUUUGUUAUAGAGUAGAAGUGAUAUUUACUGCACAUUUUAACCAGUCACUGAAACAGGAAGUGGCCAAAAAAUCAACCUCAGAUGAAUAGAAAAACACCAUCCGUCCCAUCAGCUCAUGAGUUUCACCAUGAGAAGACAGCAGCAGUGGACCCGCUUACUAACACCAAACUGAACGACACCUCAAGGACCAAGAAUUUACUGCUUGACUUGAAGACUCCCACAUUGACUCGGAUCUUCCCAAACUCUGUUGUCUCACCUGGAGAAGCCCUUCAGUUCAGAUGUUCCACACCCAGCCCAACAUGCAUCUCUGUAGACUUCAGAUUGUAUAAAACUGGAACAUCAAUAAAGAAUCAAACUGCAGAAUCUACAACAACAUUUAAUCUGACUGUAGAUGCCACACAUCAGGGCCAGUACACCUGUGACUACUCAUACAGGGAAAGUAACUCCACAUCAUCCUGGAGCAACUCCAUCAGCAUCACUGUGGUGAACCUGCAGCAGCCCAAUAUCUUUUUCACUGCUGCUGGUGGACCAGAAGUAACAACAGGCUACGGCUUCUCCAUAAUCUGCUCCACUGAACCUCAGUAUCCAGGAGGUUCCUUCCACUUGAAGUUCAGUGGAUCCAACAUCACAAGAACUCAGUCGGCUGUUAACCACUCAGCCGUCUUCCUGUUUCCUGAGUCAGAUUUUGUCCAUCAGGGAAACUACAGCAGUGCUUAUGAAGUUAACGUGUCUUCACGCACCUUUACCUCCACUACCACUGAGCUGCUGGAAAUAACUGUGAAAGCAUCUCUGGCUCUAUACAUUGGUGUUGGAGUGACAGCAGGACUGCUUCUCAUCUUAGUACCAGUCAUCAUUUGCUUUGUGAAGACACAGAAAAGACGGAAAUGUCAGAUGGAUAAGAAGGAUUCACAGCUCAGCGUUCUUAGAGCUUCUCUGUUGGCUGAUGGCGCUAAUAUACGACUCGCUGGUGGCAGUCACUCCUGCGCUGGUAGAGUGGAAAUCUAUUAUAAAAACCAGUGGGGAACAGUGUGUGAUGAUUACUGGGACAUAAAUGAUGCGCAGGUGGUGUGUAGAGAGCUUGGAUGUGGUAAUGCUGUCAGCGCUCAUGAAAAUGCUCACUUUGGUCAGGGAAGUGGUCCAAUAUGGCUGGAUGAUGUUCCGUGUUCUGGAAGUGAAUGCACCAUCACACAGUGUUCCAAAUCUAAUAGAUUUGGUAUACACAACUGCGUCCAUGGUGAAGAUGCUGGAGUUACUUGCUCAGAAACGCAGACUCCUACACUGACCCGGAUCUCCCCAAACUCUGUGGUCUCACCUGGAGAAGUCCUUCAGUUCAGAUGUACAACAACCAACCCAAUAUGCAUCUCUGUAGACUUCAGAUUGUAUAAAAAUGGAACAUUAAUAAUGACCCAACCUGCAAAGACUACAACAACAUUUACUCUGACUGUAGAUGCCUCACAUCAGGGCCAGUACACCUGUGACUACUCAUACAGGGAAAUUGCCUCAACAUCACCCAGGAGCAACUCCAUCAGCAUCACUGUGGAAACGCAGACUCCUACACUGACCCGGAUCUCCCCAAACUCUGUGGUCUCACCUGGAGAAGUCCUUCAGUUCAGAUGUACAACAACCAACCCAAUAUCCAUCUCUGUAGACUUCAGAUUGUAUAAAAAUGGAACAUUAAUAAUGACCCAACCUGCAAAGACUACAACAACAUUUAAUCUGACUGUAGAUGCCUCACAUCAGGGCCAGUACACCUGUGACUACUCAUACAGGGAAAUUGCCUCCACAUCACCCAGGAGCAACUCCAUUAACAUCACUGUGGUGAACCUGCAGCAGCCCAAUAUCUCCUUCAGUGCUGCUGGUGGACCAGAAGUGACAAGGGGCUACAGCUUCUCCAUCAUCUGCUCCACUGAACCUCAGUAUCCAGGAGGUUCUUUCCACUUGAAUUUCAGUGGAUCCAACAUCACCAGCACUCAGUCAGCUGUUAACCACUCAGCCGUCUUCUUGUUUCCUGAGGCAGAUUUUGUCCAUCAGGGAAACUACAGCUGUACUUAUGAAGUUAACGUGUCUUCACGCAUCUUUACUUCCGCUACCACUGAGCAGCUGGAGAUCACUGUGAAAACAUUUCUGGCUCCUUAUAUUGGUAUUGGAGUGACAGCAGGACUGCUUCUCAUCUUAGUUCCAGUCAUCAUUUGCUUUGUGAAUACACAAAAAAGACGAAAAUAUCAAACGGAUAAGAAGAAGAAUACACCACGUGCCAAAAAUGCAUAUCAGUGCCCCCAAGGAGCGAAUGAGUCAGAUGAUGAAGCUAUUUAUGAAAACACAGAAACUAUUUUCCAGCAGAAGGACGAUUCAGACAAGUCUGAUAAUGACUACGUUUAUGGUAAUGCUGAUGAACAAACAAGGGCUGUGGACAAUGACUAUGAAGAUGAUGAAGUUUAUGCAAACUGUGUAGAUUAGUGUUGAGAACUUAAUAAUUAUCAGUAUGUACAGUCCCCAAACAAUCACAUGAUUCAAUUGGAUAUAUAAUAUUGCUUCUUAGUUGUUUUAAAUAAUGUUGAUUAUAGAAUCAGUUUGUAUUCGGCUGUUUAGUGUGUUCAGAUCCGAUAAUAAAACUUUUUAUUUCACUUUCUUAAUACAAAUAGGUAUAUUCUUGUUUUCAUUUUAAAUUAUUGUUAAUAUUAAAUAUUGAAAUGCAUCAAGAGUUAAAUGAUCCAUGAGUGUUUUCCAUAAACUGAUGACUAAUGCAGAAAUCAGAAAAUAAUGAAUGGGACAACUGAAAUAUCAUUUUUAAUUCUAAUAUCACUCAUAAACUUCCAAAACAAUCAUGUAUAUACUAUUCAUAUUUUUUUUAGAUUAGAUUAAACUCCCUUUGUCUAUUUUUUCUUAACAUUGUUAUACAUUUUUUAAAAUUGGAUUUAAUUUGAGUUUCAGAUUAUGGGAAUUAAUUUAGUGAAUUUUGAAUGUAUUUGAUUCAUUUACUGUAUUUACUCUCUUAUCUCUUAUAUAUCCAGCCUUAUGAGUAGCAGUUUGGGAUUUGGGGUAUUUUGGAACUAAACGGGACAAAUUAUUCUGCAAAUACUUAUUGGUGAUAAAAAACAAACAAACAAACAAAAAAACUUUUUUUUUUUUUUUUUUUUUUUUUUUUUUACUAUUUGUAAAU